GACUUCACAGAUUGGGAGAGUUAGGGGUAAGGAGGUACAACUGGCCGUAACCUAUAAAUUCCACGUUGAGGUUGGUAUCUUGUUGACCCAGCUCGAAGCUCUUGACCCAGGCGGCGACAGCCAAUGGGUUGCUGCCCUGUGGCUCUAUCACCCAAGGGCUUUCGACGCCGGCUCAGUGCAGGGCGAGCGAUGGUGGCUUGUGCUUUGUUAAUCGUGCCCUUUCUCUGCUUGGUCGCCGCUCCCACCUCCAGCCAGAAAGCGGAGUGGCCGCGCCGCAGGUUCGAAUUCAAGUACAGCUUCAAAGGACCGCACUUAGUGUUCGGGGAUGGCUCGAUUCCCUUCUGGACCCACCACGGCAACGCCCUUCCAAGGUCAGACCAAGUCCGAAUUGUGCCUUCGAUGCGAAGUCAAAGUGGAUCCGUUUGGACCAAGAAUAGUGCAGCUUUUGAAAAUUGGGAGGUGGAAGUUGCAUUUCGGAUAAUCGGCAGAAACCGAAUUGGCGCCGAUGGGUUGGCCAUAUGGUACACCAGAGAGAAGGGGCCAACUGGACCAGUCUAUGGAGCAGCUGACCGUUGGCACGGUGUGGGCAUUUUCUUCGAUACUUUUGACAACGACGGCAAUCAAAACAAUCCAAUCGUGCUCGUGGUGGCAAAUGAUGGGAAGCUUACGUAUGAUCACUUGAAAGAUGGCACUGGCCAAGCUUUGGGUACAUGCCUGCGAGAUUAUCGCAACAGCUACCAUGCUGUCCGAGUCAGGAUACGUUAUUACCAGAAGACAUUGCAGGUUUAUCUAAAUUUGGGGAGGACUGGUGCUACUGAGAACUAUGAGUUAUGUACUGAAGUCACGAACAUGUACCUACCUUUGGAUGGGCACUUUGGUGUGUCUGCAGCCACAGGGGCAGUCGCUGAUGACCAUGAUGUACUGUCAUUCAUCACGUUCAGCUUGAGCGCUCCUGGGACAUCGAAUGAUUGGACUCAGGCCCACAUGGAGCAGGAGGAAGAUGAGUACCAGAAGGAAUACAAGCGCUUUGAAAAAGACUUGGAGAAGCGGAAGGACGAAUUUCGGAAGCAGCACCCUGAGCUCCACACUCCAGAUGAAGAUGCAUUUGAGACGGAGAGUCAGCGGGAGUUCCAAAUGGUUGUCAGUGGGCAAUCCAUAAUUCAGGAAGAGCUGACGAAACUUAGGGAAAGGUUGGCAGGCGCGUUUGAAGAACACAAGCAACAUUCGGAGAACUUCAGCAAACUGAGCAGGGACCGACGUACAAGCACGACAGCAAGAGAAAGCGGACAUCAGGAUGCUGUUGAUUCGGAAAGCUUGAUGAAUGUGCUUAAUGGUCAGAAGAAGAUGGUUCAGCAAGUGCAGGAACUUGGGAUGAACAUAGACAACAUCCUUUCAAAAGUGAAGCUAAGCCAGAAGUCCUUAAAUACCAUGGUUGCAGACCAGAACCAUUUUGGGGAGAUAAAUGAACACAUCAGUGUUGUCAAGAAGAAUAUUGACAGCUUGAUGAACGCUAAGGUUCAACACAUCAGCUGUCCAAAGGCACCCCCUGUCCCUUCCUGUCUCUCAGUGUGGCAUUUCUUGGUGUUCAUGGUCCUCCAAUCAGUGUUCUUUCUCUACUACCUAAUACACAGGAACAGAAGGGAAACAAAUUUAAAGAAGGUUUACUGAGGACUAACUGCAGGAUCUUUGAAUAUAUAUUUUUUGUGUGUUUGAAUAAUGUUUUUUUAACUGUAUUCCUCUCCUCAAAGAUGAGUAUCUGUAACUUGCCGCCACAGUAUAAAGUGAACACAUUGUCUUUGAUAGAGAAAUGUUUUCAAAGGGUAAUCCACUUACUACAAGUGCUAGCCAUUAACUUACCUAGAAGGUAUUUCCUUUGGAUUUUUUGUAUGUAAAACUUGUGGAUUUAUAUCAAAUAUAUUAAAGCAGUGGUUUUCUUGGACCCUUACUCUAUUUUCAUUAAUUGAAGAGAAUAAUCCAAAGGUACAUGUUAAUUUAUUUCAGCCAGACUUACAAAUAUUUUAACAUCAUGGCGAUAACUGGAAUUGACAAUAAAAUGAAUUGCAAUCCUUG